AUGGGCAGGCAGAAAGGGCCGGGACAGAUGACAUUCAAAGUUCAACCACAGGUUCCCGCGAAGCGUAAUAUGGACCAAAGACAAUCGGGCUUCGGAAAAUCUCAGUUGAACCAAUUCAACGUUAGAUUUAAGCCCAAUAACGACACCGGCUCCGGUACCCUACCAAGCGAGGUCUCAAACAAUGAAAACAAUGUUCCAAUCACAUUCGCAUGCAACAAGACAACAGUUGGUUUCACCGAGCGUAGAGAGAAAUCAGAUGCACCACCACUGAAGAAGCGCAAAGUAUCCAGGUACCCGAUGAAUCAUUCGGCUGUUCGCCUGACUUCACGCAAGCCAGUGACUGCGUAUGUGCCCAUAGACGCUUGGUCACUUAUCUUCAGAAGAUGUCACCCCAGAUUUCUGAUUCAAGCUCGACUCGUGUGCCGAGACUUCCGCGAUAUAUUGAAGCAGCAGUCCAUCUGGCGAGAAGCGAGAGAAUACAUAUACGGUCCGUCGCUACCAGAAUGUCCACAUGAUUUACAUGAACUCGAAUUUGCGAAGCUUCUUGUUGGUCGGGGUUGCCAGAUCAAAGGUUGCACGCAAAGACUCACCAGGAAGGUGUAUUGGGCAUUCAUGUUACGAAUGUGCGAACAAUGCUUUAGCGAGAAGACCCAACGACCAGAUAUUGAUGGAAAAGAAGCGCAGCAGUACGUCGAAUUUCGCGAAAAGCUCGAGCCUGAGGUCAGACCUAUCGACAACGAAACUCAAAUGUGGAGGUUUCAAGACGAUCCUGGUAAUUAUUGUGUUAUGAAAGACGAGUUCGAAGACUUAAAGAGGGACUUCACGCAGAAAGUAGUCACCGAGCCUUCGUAUUUUCUGUUCUGGACACGCCUCCACUGGGGAAGAACAAAGGCGCGGAUUGAGAUUGCUAAGGAAUUUGACGGGCAUGAUGUUAUGGUCAAAAACACGUCCCAGAAGCUGGAGAAAGUGGAUUUCUUUCAAGACAUGGCUGAAGGACUCGACCCGCCGAUGACACCGGCUGUUCUGAGGAAGAUGGCGGCCUACCACAGAGCUAUCGACACACCUAAUGCUGCCAGCUUACGGGCUUGGGAUGGGCUCAAAGCCAAGAUAGAUAUACCUGAGCUACGAAAGCAAGCUGAACAGCUGCUCAAAUGGGAAAGAGACGAUUCCGGGUGGCGUGCGUCAAUCGAAGACGAUCUCUACGACAAGCUGAUUAUCCACAGACGCAGGAGGCACAAUGAAGGCGACAAGCCCGGUCCAGAGGGAAAUUGUUGUGCGGAGCAACAGUUCGUGCUGGACAUUGCAAACCGUGAGGUGACUAAUCUCAUUGACAUCGUACAUGAUGAGGACGUACUUCUUAAACUGCUCGAUAGUGUGCGAUGUUCUUACGAGGCUGCGCCAAAUAAGCCCCAGGGUUUGAAUGGUGAUGGAAGCACUGGUCAAUAUCGUCUACUGCUAGAUGACGCUCGAGUGGUUGUGACUGAGAUACUCACGCCACUUGCUACUAAUAAAGGUCCUGUGCGUGCGAAAACGAUAACAAGCUCAUUACGCUGCAUGGCUUGCACGCGCACUGACUGUCACCGAACCUUCACAUUCGAUGGUCUAAUGGUUCACAUUCGAAACAAGCAUGCCGAUCUUGUCGGGGAAGACUUACACUUCUGGCGCUUUGCUGUUCCAAUACAGUCGCGAAUUCGAAGGUACACGGAGCAACUGGCAUGGUAUCACAUCCCUUGGCCGAAGACUCUACCCGCUCUACCGUACCAUCGUAGGGCAAACCCUGGCUUGAUAUGGCAUCCUGACGAAGAGCAGAAAUACGUAUCACAUUGUGUCGAGGAUGAGGUGCACAUGUUCGACAGAGUUGAGCCAAUACAAGAUCCGACCACUAACGACGACGAUUUUGCGGGCUGGGUCUGCAAGGCUGUAGAAAUACUAGCGAACACAAGAUUGGAUUCUGCCGCCAUGAUCAGGAUCGCUUUCGAGUACGCUGCGAGAACCUUAUCGAGGCUACACGAAAGCGAUGAGUCAGGCUUUGACCUCACUGUCGCUCAGCUGCAGGAGAUGGAAGGGGCAAUAAAGACCCGAACACAAUCAAACGUCGAGUUCAAGUUCAAAUGUGGAUUGUGUAUGAAAGACCCUACGAAGUCAGCGAGUGGACGUCGGCCACGAGAAACCCUCCACCCUCAGCCAUUAUCACUCCUUGUGCCACAUUGGCAAAAUAAGCACUCAUUGCUGGCACAUACUGCACAAAGAGAUUUCAUCUAUCUACCAUCAGACUUCGAGCUCAAUCAAGCCAUGAAGCAAGAGGACGAUAAGCUCGAGUCUGAAAGGAGGAGGGUACUGCUGAAGAACAAGAAAUCGAAGGCUGGUUCUGGUAAUGCAAGUGCUGGAAAGAAUACGAAGGACCCGCGAGCUGAGGCUCUACUGGAGAUACCUUACAUUCGAGAUCGGUUUCAUAUGUUGUUCACACCAGCUGAUGGGAGUGAGGCUGCAGACAGUUCAACGGAUACGAGCCGAUUGACCAGUGAUGGGGAAGAUACGGACUGA